UUCUUCCUCUCCCACUCCCCCUGCUUAUGUUCCCUCUCUCGCUGGCUGUCUCUGUCAAAUAAAUAAAUAAAAUCUUAAAAAAAAAAUGAUGCAAAGGUAUCUCAAAAGGAAACUGAAGAGAAGCUCUGAGAGUCCAUCAUUUAUGAAUUGAAAAGAAACGCACACACAUAUAUAUGUCAGGCAAAUGCCUGGCUCUUGUUACACACCCGGUUCCGAGUCACCAGGACCACCACCAGGUUCCGUGAUUCACUAGGUGGACGCACAGGAUUCAACAGGUGGUCCUAUUCAGGGCCAGGACUUAUUACAAUGAAAGGAUACACAGCACCAUCAGCAGAGGGACAGGCACAUGGGACAGACAACAUUGGGAGGAAACCAGGCGCACGCUUCCCAGAGCGUUCUCCCAGUGCAGCCACAGAGGACAUGCUUGAUUCCUCCAGCCGCAAGUUACAGCAACACGUGCAAAGCCUUUGUCCACCAGGGAAGCUCAUCUGGGUCGAGAGGCCAGGGUUUUUAUGGGGUCAGUCACCGAGGCACCCUCUGUCUGCACAUACCAACAUUCCAGACUCAGAGGAAAGCAAGGGCUUAGCAAUGUAAACCACAUCGUUUAUACAAACAGUUGAAGAGCAGUGAGCCUUGUCAGUUAGGGAACAGUGGAACCCUCUGGAAGUCCAGCCAAGGGCCAGCCUUGCAUGCAGUUUCAAACCUGCUCGUUACUGUCUUUCUGCACAAGGGAUCUAUAACUUCCAGGCUUUUUCUUUCUGUUUCUCUUAUUUCUAUUUUAUAUCUCUCUGUUUCUGUUGGUAUUCUGGUUUGUUUCUGUCUGUCUCUUCUCUCAAUAUAUCUAGAUACAGCUAUAUGUAUUCUGUAUACCCUCAUCCAGUGUAUAUAUAUAUACAUGUGCACACAUGUUCAUAUGUAGAAUUUCACAAGUGAUUUCUCUGCUGACAGUGUAUCUGAAGUGUUAUUCGUGUCUUGUGAGGAUGUCUUCCAACUUAGCAUUUCAUGGUCCUUUACUCUUUCACACCAAUCCUCUGCAUGUAUUUCUGCAGUGAGCUCUCCUGGGCACGGGGUGCUGAAUGUUGCCUGGGGCUUCCCCUCUCCACGCUGUCCACCUGCCACAUCUUGACAGACCUCACCCUGCCUAGAGGCCAGGAGAGGUUCCAGUAUGGAUGGUGCGGCUGGAGGGAGCGGGGUGUUGCUCAGAGUCAGACCAGGCACCCUAAACACACCCCCUCUCAGGUCCGGGAUCACAGCGCCCCUGCCCAGCGUUAGCCAGACUGAGAGGUUUGGGGGCACAGUAUCCACACAAGAUCACCCUCAGUUCUGACACCGAAAUCCACAUUCAGGACUUUCCUGAAACCACCCUCAGGGCUCGAAGGAUCCCUAGAACUCACUGAGAGCCGUUCUACUCAGAGUUCCAGUUAAUUCCAGGGAGAAGAUGCAGAUUGACACCAGCCAGGGAAACAAGCACAUAAGCUAAAGUCCAGGAGUGUCCCCAGCAUGAGCUUCCAGUGUCCCCUCCCCCUGGAGCUAGGACUGGAUGCUCUGUCGGCAUCGAGGUAGGACAAUAUGCAUAGAGUACUGCCAACCAGGGAAGCUCACCUGAGCUUCGAGGCCCAGGGUUUGCACUGGGGCUUCAGUGCGUGGGCACAGUUGAUUGAUUGAAUGAUCGAUCAUCCAGACGUGACUGACUCACUGCCUGCAUGUCAAUCUUAGUUCCCUGGCCAGUUGAUGUUCCAUGACUCAAAGCACACACCCUGAAUCACCUGAUUGGUCUUCUUGGUGUAGCCAGUUCCCGCCCUAACACUGGUUGGGGAUGGCCAUCUGUACCCAAAACAAAGACAUUCCUAUCAGGUAUAACGUGGAUUACUUCUUAGAAGUUGGGGGCACAUGACAAAAGAAGAAUGAGAUCUUGCCAUUUGCAACAAGAUGGAUGUAUCUAGAGAGUAUUAUGCCAAAUGAAAAGAGAAAGAAAAAACCGUAUGACUUCACUUAUAUGUGGAAUCUAAAUAAUAAAGCAUAUAAACAAACAAAAACAGAAACAAACCCAUAAAUCCAGAGAACAGACAGACGUAGUAGCCAGAGGGGAAGGAGGCCCAGGCUUCCAGUGGUGGAGUGCGUGACGGGGAGGAAAGUCACAGCAUAGGGAACACAGUCCGUGCCUCUGUGAUAGCGUCACGUGGUGACAGAUGGCAGCCACACAUGGUGCGCACAGCAUGGCGUACAGACUUGGGGAAUCGCUGUGUUGUAUGCCUGACACUCAUGUAACAUUGUGCCUGGCUGGCUCGUUUGGUGGAGAAUGCAACUCUCAAUCUUAGGGUCAUGAGUUCAACCCCGUGUGAGGGGUGAGCCUACUUUAAAAACAAUUUUAAGUUAUAUUGAGAAACGACAGAUGAAAGUCAGUCUGACUUCAAGGCAAAAACAAAAAUUCUACUCUGUGCACAGCUGGGUUUCGUAGGGUUUCAGGGAGAGCUUUUUCCCCUUUUGUCUAGAUUCCUCUUCAUCCUCUCUGGAUGUGGCACGUUGAUGUGUGCGUGCUGUGGGAGGAAACAGCCGGGGUGGGGGAGUUUGGAAGCAAAGACGGAGCAAGAAGCUUGUAUUAAGUCAUUUUGGGAUCAAGGUGCACUUAUUUUAAUGCCUCUUUUUUUCUCGUAUAUCUCUGGCUUCUCUGGAUUUUGUGUCUUUGGUAAAAGAAACCCCAAGAGGACUGAUCAGUUCUUGAUUCUAAAACUAUGGCGCACGGUUUGGUGACGUUCUCAGACGUAGCCAUCGACUUCUCUCAGGAGGAGUGGGCAUGCCUGGACUCCACGCAGAGGGACCUGUACUGGGACGUGAUGUUGGAGAACUACAGUAACCUGGUCUCCCUGGAUUUAGAGUCACCAUAUGGGACCAAGAGUUUACCUACAGAAAAGGGCAUUUAUGAAAUAAAUUUGUCCAAACGGAACUCAAAUGGAAAAAGUAAAUCCCUUGGCCUGGACUGGAUGUGUGAAGGUGAGUUUGAAGGACCACAGGGCCCUCAAGAGGGCUGUUUCAGUCAAAUGGUAGUCAACUGUGAGAAAAUGCCCACUUGUAGAGAAAAUACCUCUGUUAGACCACAUCAAAGACUGCAUACUAGGGAGAAUUCCUAUGAAUGUAAGGAAUGUGGGAAGGCCUUUAGUCGUGGCUACCAGCUCACUCAGCAUCAGAAAAUUCACACGGGUGAGAAACCCUAUGAAUGUAAGGAAUGUAAAAAGGCCUUUCGUUGGGGUAAUCAACUCACUCAGCAUCAGAAAAUCCACACUGGUGAGAAACCCUAUGAAUGUAAGGACUGUGGGAAGGCCUUUAGAUGGGGUUCAAGCCUCGUCAUUCAUAAGAGAAUCCAUACGGGUGAGAAACCCUAUGAAUGUAAAGACUGCGGGAAAGCCUUUAGACGUGGUGACGAGCUCACUCAGCAUCAGAGAUUUCACACUGGGGAGAAAGACUAUGAAUGCAAAGACUGUGGCAAGACCUUUAGCCGCGUGUAUAAACUGAUUCAGCACAAGAGAAUUCAUAGCGGUGAGAAACCCUAUGAAUGUAAGGACUGCGGGAAAGCCUUUAUCUGUGGCUCAAGCCUCGUUCAGCAUAAGAGAAUUCAUACUGGUGAGAAGCCCUAUGAAUGCCAGGAAUGUGGGAAGGCCUUUACGCGAGUCAAUUAUCUCACUCAGCAUCAGAAAAUCCACACUGGUGAGAAACCUCACGAAUGUAAGGAGUGUGGGAAGGCCUUUCGCUGGGGUUCGAGCCUUGUUAAACACGAGAGAAUUCAUACUGGUGAGAAGCCAUAUAAGUGCACAGAGUGUGGGAAGGCCUUUAAUUGUGGCUACCACCUCACCCAGCAUGAGAGGAUCCACACAGGCGAAACGCCUUACAAGUGUAAGGAGUGUGGGAAGGCCUUCAUCUAUGGGUCAAGCCUUGUUAAACAUGAGAGGAUCCAUACAGGGGAGAAACCCUAUGAAUGUAAAGAGUGUGGGAAGGCCUUUAGUCAUGGCCAUCAGCUUACACAGCAUCAGAAAGUUCACACUGGUGAGAAAUCCUUUGAGUGUAAGGAAUGUGGGAAGGCAUGUAACCACGUGAACCAUCUUAGAGAACAUCAGAGAGUUCACACUGCUGAAAAACCUCUUGAACAAAAAGAAGGUGCAGAAGCUUCUAUACAACAUGCAUUCCUUCCACAGCACAAGGAGAAUCCAUGAUACAUAAGAAAGCCUUCACUGGUCACUCUCCUGCUUAUAGCAUCUCAGAAUAGUCAUGCUCGAGGAACAGAGAAAUCACUUUUUCUUAGUGAUCACAACACACUCAGUGUAGACUUGUUUCUUGUUUUUUCUGUUUUGCUGAAUUGGUUUAAUGAGUGGAUAGAAGCCUCCCGCUACCAUUCAAGCUCCGUCUCACAUCAGAUUUGUUCUAGGGAAUAACUCUGCUAAUGUAACGUAUGCGGGAAAGCCUCCCACCAUGGCACACACCCUCCCUAUGACCGUCACCAUCGCCUUCUUUACUCCUGUGACCCACUGGGAAAAUGACCUGUUACCCCUGUGCAUUGUGUGUGAAAUG